GGAGGGCCAGUAAUUAUUGAGGUUGAUUCAUAUGUUUCAAGCGUGAGUUCCAUCAACGAAAAAAACAUGGUGAGAAAAAAAAACAUUAAAAAUACACAAAUUGAUCCCGGUAAUGCACUUAUAAAAAAGGGUUGUUUGCCACUUACAAAACGUUUUCAGGAAAUCCUGUUGGAAAGGAACCGGAACACGACUUUUCAGGUCCUUCCGGUAAAAAACUUCCGCCAGCAACGGAAUUUCUGAAAAGGUAGUCCUGUUUUUCCGGACGGAAUGUUUUAAACGAAAUUCGUGUUCCAUUUUAUGAAAGCCGUCUCUUUAUACCAGUUUUAGACUUUCACGGCCAUCUUUCGGUAAAACUGAUUUGUGCAAAUGGUACACGUGAUUCCGGGGCGAAAUUUUUCCCCUCCUAGCUGUCGGUUUUAGCGGCCGUCGCCGUCUUCGUAUCUCAAACGCUCUAAUAGUCCUCCUAUUCUUAGAAUCAAUGGAUCUUAGGUCACAUAACUUAUGAGAUUACAGUAGAAACUAGAUUUCUCGAAUCCUCAGUUUUGCGAAAUUCCCGAUGAUUUGAACCAAACUUCACUUUUCUUUACCAGUCAAAAACUGUUAUUUACCCCCGAUUUUUUAUAACUCUCUGAUUCGUACCAAUUCAGGGUAGUUCGAAAAAUCAGGAUUCAGCUUCAUCUUUUUUCUUACUUCUUUGUUUCUUAUUUCUUUUUGCCUUACUACAAAAAUUAAUAGUACUUUCGUUGCCAACAGGAUUUCUCGCUGGAUAUGUAUUUCAGACGAAGAUGGAAGGAUCCGCGUCUAUCCUAUCAGCCGUUUCCCCACAAACCACCGGAUCAGAGAUUGGUCCUUAACGCAGAGCUUAUCAAGUAUAUUUGGCAACCAAACAUUUAUUUUCGGAACAGCAAGGAAGCGCAUUACCAUUCUGUUCCAACCCAAAAUGUUUUGUUCGGUAUCAGCCCCGAUGGAAGCAUACUGCUAAGUACCAGGUGGGUACAACCAAGAGAGAAUUAUGAGACAGAGAGGUAAAAGCCCAGUCUAGCCCUUGGAAUAUGUAAAUUUCACCAAAGUUAUUUUUAGAUCAAUUAAACGCUUAAAAUUAAUCGGAAUUUGGUUUCCGGAAAGGUCCGCAAUCUUUUAUUCAGUGUUGUCAAGUGAGAAUUCAGCAGCUGCUAUUGCAAUAUUCUGAAUUGUUUUCUUUGAGGUAGCCGCGCGUGGAAUUGAUGACGUAUCAAACAAUCGAUUAAAAUUAAAUGAGCGGACGUCUCAGGAAUUAGACUUCCGUUUAGUUACAACCUCUAAAAAUAACUUAAGUGAAAUUCAUAUCCCGACCAACGCCCUUUGAUUCCCUCUCGGUCCCCUCUCAUGAUAAAACAAUUGAAAUCUACCGCCCUGCGGUCCUGGUCCACAUGUAUCCGGGUACCGUAAAGUUCCGAAAGUAUUAAACGACCCUCGCUCGUUUCGGAUUUAGCAGCCUUUUCCUAUUGCUACUAUCGGAGGGUCGCUAUAUUCAGGGGGUCGCUACUUUCGGGAAGCUAAAAUGCAUACUGCACAUCCAUUUGAGCUGUUCGAAGUAACGCUAAUAAAAUCAUGACUUAUGUGAAAACAUCUACUCUUUUUAUUUGAAGAAACUUAUUUCAAUUUAUUUCAUGUUAUUGUUUUGAAAAAAAAAACAAAAAAUCUAAAGACUUGUUCGAUUACGGUAUGGCUAUUCACAGAUGACUAAGACUUUCUGGAAAAAGUGUAGCGUACUUUUAGAACUAUAUUAAGGAAUGUCAAAAGUUCAAUAUAAUCGUUAAAAAUAAACCUCGGAUCAGUUUGGUAAAGCUUGUUGUAUCUUUAAUUUUUUGUUAUUUCGAGCAAAGACGGAAACAACUUUUGAGGUCCCUACUUUCGGAGGGUCGUCAUUUUCGGAGAUUUUUUUAUCCGUUUUCAAAACAAAAUGCGCGUUCACACUCUCAUCCACUUGACAUGAUACGCUUAAAACGAUAGAAAUUCGAUAGUAUCCCUUACAGAGCAUGCGUAAUGCUUGUAAUAUAUGAUUUAUGACACCAUCGGAUUUGAAACCCUCCGUUUCGUCCGUCCACACGUGCAUGUAAGCGAGAAGCUGGUGUUUCUAAUAAUUUCCACUCUGGGUAACCACCACUUCUAUAAAAAAAAUUUUUUCUCUUGCAGAAUAACCACUGUACUUGACUGUCAGAUGGACUUUCGACAUUUUCCCAUGGAUCAACAGAUAUGCCAUUUUCAAGUUGGUUCCUGUAAGUAACUUGAAAUUACCGUUGUUUAAAUAUCCUAAUAUACAAGGCCAGCCAUUACGGUAAAAGGGCUAUUUAAUCCCUCCAAUCUUCAACUGAUUGAAAGUUCCCUUUGGUCAUAGUGCUAGCCUGAGGAAACUGUCGACAUUUUGCGACGUCACCACUGUUUUCUCCAUGAAAUGACGUACUGAGAAACGAGCGCAAAAAUUCCAUACUGAUGACGCUUCACUACCGAGAUCUGGGUAGUAUUUCUGCUUGGCUGUAGCAAAUUUCCCACGCGACAUGACCAAUCAGGAGCACGACCCAGUUCUGGGUAGUUCCUUCCUCCAUUUGAAAUGUUCCUUCCUCAGACGUCAAUUCGCGAGGAAACCAGUGGUGACGUCAAGAAAGAUCGGUUUUUUUCUCAGGCUAUAAUAGCGUGCCACCCUUGCCACAGUACAGUAACUUCUGGAACAAGUCGACAAAAAGAAAGUUGGCAACACAAAGUACCGUUGUAUUCUGUUUUGAGUGGUUUCCCGCUACACUUAUCUUAAGGUCUCGGUAAAGGAAAACGAGGUGCCCACAGAAAAAAAUUCUAGUCGCGCCAGUAUUUUCGCUACAAAGGCAAGUUAUAUAUCAAAUUAAAGCUAAAAGACUAAAUUACCUUAUAAAAUAUUUUAUUUCAUCGAAUUUCAAAAGGCGCUUAAGUUUUUUGCUCUCGAACUCAGAGGUAUCGAGUUUACUGCUGAAGCUCCAGCCCUUUCGCGUUGUUAAAUAUUCACUUUCUUUUUAUUGCAUCUGAUUGACAGAUAAAAGACCUAAAAAAGGGUGUGAGGAAAUUUGUAUAUGUCUCGUAUUAGGGGAAUUAUUACAUUUCAAACUAAAAAGUCGAAUCUCGAGCACGAUUUACGCAAAGAAACUGACAUAAAAUGAGUUACAAAGGGAAAUCGGAAAAUUCCUCACACCCUUUUUGAGUCUAUAUCAUUAUCCAUCAUAUCUGAAAGUUUCAAAGCGAUAGCUUAAAACCUGUCCCGACUGGAGGUCGGAGAAUUUUGAUUUUUGCGUCUAAAAUAGAGUGAGAGAAAAUCAGCUCUAAAGAUUUAGCGCGAGGUCCACGCUUGGCUGGUUAGCUCAGGAAAGGCUCAUUUUAGAAGGGUUAAAAAGCACUUUCUGAUUUUCUUUUUCUGCCAAAAUAAAAUUUAGGACCCACUCAUGCCAAAAAUCCAAAAAAAACAAAAUCGAGCAAUGUACUAAAAUUUUCAUUUACCGAGACCUUAAAUUUUCUUUUAAAUCUUGGUAGAAAUAACUGCCUCAAGAAAGUGAUCUUGUGUAAAAACAUAACUCUCUUUCUAAACAAUUGCAUCUCAAACAAACACCAACUCUGUGUUUUGCAUCAUGCUUUUAGUCACCUUUUCUUUUGCUGUCCUCUACACAAGUCGGCAAAUGUUCCGAUGGAGGGCAUGAUUCCUGAAUCUCGUACCCUGAUCUCUUGUCGAAGACCUGUCAAGUAUAAAGAAAAUUCAGUUUUUUUGUUUGGCUAGAUUGUGAGCGAAUGACGCGAGUGUUGUCUUCUGCGCGUGCUAUGGCGUGUGCAAUUCAUUCUUUGCAAAGUUUUCAGUACUAGUAGAGUCUAUUCAAAAAAAAAAAAUUUAAACUGAAGAAGUAGUUUCCGUCUCAAUAUAACUUGUAAAACUAUUUUUAUCUUAUCUUUAAAGACUUUUAAAACUCUCUCUCGGUAUCAAUGUAAAGACUUUUGAAAGGGUAAAAAAAAUUAAAUCAGUACGCGUAUUGAUUUGAACUUCUAACGCGCGCUAUGGUAAAUAAAAUUAACAUAACUGAUUCGUUGAAUUUGAUGCUGCAAAGAAUAAAAACAACAAAUUAGUUGGUUCAUACUUAAGAUGUGCGUUAUCAACACGUUUUGUUAUAGAAAACUUCACAGCUCUAACAAAUAAGUUAUUUAACACGUCGAAAAACGGCCCCGAUUUUGAGGAUUUAUUUCGAGCCUGCGCCCCUUCAUCGCCUGUCACAUUCCUAACAGGCGCUCACGUGAACAAAUCGGAUUUGACCAGAUUCGUCAAUAAGAGAUUUGACCAGAUUCGUCAAUAAGAGAUUUGGGUACGAGAUAAAUGAUUCCGUUCUCUUUUUAAACUUUAUUGUGGUCUCUGCAUUUCAACGGUAGGAAGACUCGCCAACAGUUGACAAAUUAAGCAGUUAGAAUCAUUGCAGUAUAAGUAAUGGUAACAGGACUGAGUGGAGUCCAGUUCGGUCGGUAAUCAUAUGAGUGAUUAUCAAAAUCGGACGACCGCGUAGCGGGAGAUCGAUUUGUUUAAUCACGAGUAUGAUUACAGACCGAAUUGGAAGACACGAAGUUCUGUUACCAAUUAAUCAUAAAUUUAACAAAAUUUGUGAUAUAAUAGGCUCUUUUUUAAAUCAAAUACAAGAAAUUUGAAAUUUUGUUUUGCUAGCGGUGAAAAAAAAAGAGCCAUUUAAGCGCGCGCGUGAUAGCGCGUACUGUGCAAUUACUUAGGCAUGACGCGUACUGUCCUAUUCAACUGUCCAAUUAAGGCUGAAAUCAGGGCAGUUGAUAGCCAAUCAGAUUUGACAAUUUUGUUAUAGUUAUGAUUAAGUUUGAAAUAUCACUAAUACACUUUUCAGACGUCUUUGCCCUCGUCGUCCUACUGCGCAAACUCCGUAAAUAUUGAAUCUGACUCGCUGUCGUUACUUAUCCUUGUAUUCGUUUUAUCCUUUUUUUUUUUGCAUAAGACUCCGAAACGGAGGAUAAUGUCAUUGUAAAAUGGAGGAAUGACAAUGGAAUAUUUAUUCCCAGUGACGUGGAGAUACCUCAGUACGAUUUAAGUAACGUAAAAGCCAAAAAUAACAGAGGAGUCUAUACCACAGGUUUGCUUGGUUCAAUUUCUUACGCUGCCCUAGUUAUCUUUAGUUAUUAUUUCGCUUUUAUUUUAUUUCCUUAUAGUUACUUCCUGGACAAGAAAGCACACAGAGAGGUGAAGGUCGAGAUUCUUAGGGUUCAGAAAAAAAUCGAUUAGAAAUUUAGGAAUUUCCAAGAUACAAGUUAUUUUAAGAAAAGAGAAAAAUAUGACUUUAGUCCAAAACUGAAGAUGACAUCAACUGCGGAAAUACAAUGCAAAUCUAAGUGAGAAUAUAACCAUCGUAGUUGUAAUCGCAAUUUAAGCAAUAGACCUGUAUAAUUUGUACGUUAUAUUUUCCCAGUUCAAACCAUAGGAUGUUUCUCUAAGGAAUUUUCCUUUUGUUUUUUUAUUAGUUGCGCACGCAUCUACCCGUGAACAACGCGACUUUUGAAAGAGACAAUCAUCACAUGGACUGAAAUGGGAAAACAAAACAUACAAGCAAAAGAGUUCUGUUGCAAAUUAAGAACCCCCAGCCCCCCGCAAAAAAAAAAAAUUGAACCAAUGGCCUCCGCGUUAGCUCUUCAGCGCCAACGCGGAGGCCAUAGAUCAUCCCAAAAUACCUCAAUAACGCUCUCAUAAAUUUGCUUAAACGUCACGAAAAUAUCGAGGCGGCUAUUGAAAGAAAAAUUUCCCGUGAACGAUUUUGGAAGAACAGUUCCCAGCGCCGAGAAAUGUGUCUGCAAGUAAAAUAGGUAAUGGCCUCAUUUCGUUGCUAUAACAAUUCCGAUGUCAUUGUAAUACUGAACAUAACAAAUUUUCAUCUUCAUCUAAUACAGCUGUGUACAGCUAUGUCUUUGUUAAUGGCGACGUAGUUUAUGCUCAAACUUGGGAGGUAUUGACCCUGAAAAACCCUAUCGAGCCACCUUAACCUCCCUUCCACACACAAAAGAAAAUCUGGGGAGGACUGUUUGGUUCAAAGAUAUUCAGUCUUUGUUUUAUGUUCUGUUUAGGUGUUUUCUCUGAGCCAGAUGCCACGUUCAUCUUCAAAAGACGCCUUAUGUUCUACGUAUACGGCUUUUAUCUACCGGUUACUUUGGUUGUCCUUCUUAGUUGGGUCUCCUUCUGGAUUGAUCCGGAAUCCACCCCCGCCCGGGUCUCCCUGGGAGUCAUAACCAUUCUCGCCAUGGGAAACUUUCUUCAUGGGGGCGGUGCUACUCCAAGUGUGUCAUACGCCACUGCUCUCGAUGUUUAUAUCAUCACAUGCUUUGUGUUCGUUUUUGCCAGUUUGUUGGAGUAUGCUGCUGUACACUGCGCUAUUAACAAAUAUCAAGAUGUUACUAUGAAUGAGGUAGGUGCUAGUUGCACCGUAGCCAGGCUUUUAUAUUAAUCGAGGAAAAAAGCUAUAGACGUCGCGAAAAAGGUUGAGAGGGUAUACCUCCACGCUCCCCCCUUCAAAAAUCGACACCAUUAAACCCUAUACCAAAUGUACAAAAUUUAGGGGACGAAAGAGAGGGUUAGAUAUAUGGAGGAUAUUACACGGCGGCGCGAAGAUAUGCACUUUUGUUUUUCCCCACGAGAAAAUAAAAUUUCAUAGCGGAGCUUCCGCGAGCGGGCAGCCCCAUACCUCGGAGAAAAUGGGAACCCACCGAUGCCAGAAAAUUUGGUUACAACGUCUCUGUACGGACGCUGAGGGAGGGAGGAGGGAGUCAGGAGUCAGCCCGUCGGGGGGAGAAGUAUGUUAUACCGGAAGUACCCGCGCGUUUCGGCAGUAAAUCGCACAGCCACUCGGACAUUUAGAGAUAAAACAACAACAACAAAGCCGAUUCUUUCUUUCCACUUAAUUUUAAUGUCUACACUGAUAACAGAAAGAGCUGGAGCGAGAGACAACAAACAAAGGAGACUAAUUACGUUGGAAGAAUAACAGGAGACUUUUAUAGCGGUGGUGAGAAAAUGAGAAGUGGUAAAGCCCACCAUGGAGAAAAUGAGUGCCAUCGAAAAAUAUAACGUUAACAGGAGGAACACAAUACAACAUUUCCUCCAUAAAACGUGUAACUAGGAUGUUUCUGGAAGUUUCACGUUGUAGUCAUGCAAAACAACGGCAAAAGCCGCGGCACACGCCUGCCAAAACUAUAUAGCCCAACACUCCAAAUGAACUUAAUACAAAUACCAAGAGGGCCAGUUCUUGCUCAGAUAACUUGUUUCAUUGUUAUUAUUUUUUUCAAGAUGCAGCUGGAACUCAUUCACUUAUUGAUCUAUACUCGUGAGACUAAGUGACUGUUUUUCGUUCGCAGGGGCUAAGCUAGCCGUAUCUUUAGAACAAAACGCACGUGCAUACCUGAAAAAGUAGAAACGGAUAAAUGAAAAACAUGUUAGAAAAACAAAGGAAGGGAGAUGAUGAAAACAACAUGAGUUUUAAAACUCAGAGCCGGCAUGAUUAACUACAUCGCGGAUGAAGCUCGAGCGAUUUCGAACGAAAUAUUCCAAUGGUUUUGAACUUUUUGCUCUUAUUUUUAGAAUUUGUUGUUCUAUUUUGUCUUCCCAGAGCAGAAGAACACCCCUUUUCGGUAAAGGACCAGACACCAUUUUUCACUGACUCCUUUUUUCCCCUGAUUACCAAAGUAAUGUAGAUCCAUUAUCAUUGUAGCGAAAAUGUCACCGAAAAAGCAAACUCGAGCUGUUUCAAACUACAUGAUCCUUCCAUUUAGACUAAUUUGUCAACGAAUUAAUGAGUAGCAAAUUUUGCUGGAGUCAGGAAUUCUUUAGGACCGUAGUCAAGCUCAGAAAUAAGCGGCCUUGAAUUUUAUGUCCUCCAUCAGUACAAAGCGCAAUUAGGAAAUUUCACGUCGUAGUCGUGCAUUGACAGAAAAAAAAAUGUACUAAAAAGUGUUCUGCACGUGCAGGAGUUGUUGUUUUGCUUAUCAAACCUACUGCUUUAUUUUUGGAGGUUCCCGUUGCCGUCGCCAUUGUGGAUUCAGAUAUAAAAGGCAUUAAAUAUCGCCCGGCUGGACGGGCAAGUUAGCCUAGCUAGGGGUAUAGCUAGAAAUUUUGGAGAAGUACAGACAGUUUUCCAAAUCAACCCUGCUAACCAAUCUCUUAGAUGGUUUUCACGCAGGUGACUCAAUUGUAUUUCCUUUCAUAUCGGUACGAUGAGAUGGUCGUAGGUUCUUUAGUAGGCAGUUGAGCCCUUCCCGUGCGGCAAAAUCGGGGAAAACACCACUAUUUGUUUGAAAACAUCAACCGAAAGAAGUUAACAGGAAUUCUUUCGCUUGAACGCCUGCGCUGUAAUUUUUUUUCUUGCGAGCAUGUCUUAAGCGACAAACAAUUUAUUUAUCUCUUCUUGCAGUUUAUGGUCUGUACCUAUGUUAAAACAAAACACGUUAUAAUGGGAAAUUAACGCUCCAUGAAAUUGAGGUAUUGGAAAUUAACGCGACUUAAAUUAACGCGAACUUAGUGGGAAACGGCUUCAUUAUAUAGGAACUUUGACGCAAAAGAAAGGAGAACAUUUUAAACUGAAGGACUUAACAAGACCUUUACCGGGAAGUGAAAGAAGGAAGACUUGUUGAAACAACAGAAACAGAGGUUAACGUAUAAUCUGAAAUGGAAACUUUUGUUUGUGGUUCUUUUUUCGAAGGAGUUCAAGCGAAGAAAUCCGGCGACUUUUUUUGAAAUUCGCGUUAAUUUCAUGAAGUGUUUAUUUCCCUGAUCUCCUAUAAUUUUAAGAGUCUAGGGAGGGAAUAGCAUUCAUUUUUAUUAACAUAAAAGUUAUAGCGGGCUCUCGCACGCGCGAAGCGGAGCACCAUUGGUAAGAAAAUUUGUUUAUCUAUGCAUCCCAUAAACUUUUGUAGCAACUUGUAGUCACGUGACUGUGAGAACGUCCGUCCGCACCAUAGGCAUACCAAUGUAAAAUAACUCGCACAAGAGGUAUGGCAAUCCAAAAACUCAAGGUUUUUCCGGCAGGAAAUCGCAUGGCCACCCGUUGUGAAGCAGAGACAAUUUUAAGAGUCAAUAAUAACAAAACGGAAAGUGGAAAAUUGUUUCUGUAUCCGUGUUGCCUAAAGUAAUAUAUAGAUUUAGUCAGGGCUAAAAGCGAAGCUCUGGUUAAUAAUACUUGUAAACAAAAAAAGUUAAAUCUUGUAAUGCUAAACGGGGAGGGCAAUGAAAAUGGCAUCAAGAUCAAUAGAUAACAAUUAUUCACCGAAGUGGAGGUGGCUAGUCGUGGAUAUUUUACCGAACUGCGAAGCAGUGAGGUAAAUAUCCACGACUAGCCACCGACACUGAGGUAAUUAAUUGUUUUAGUAUAUACUAAAACAGUGAGAUAAUUGAGCACAAAAAUGAUGAUUUUUAACUCAAAUACUGUUGCCAACGAUUACAAUUUUGGCGCGUAAUGACCGGGCGGCCGCGGCCGUCGCUUUUUCUUGCCGACAAUUAAAACUUUUGCAGACAUUUGUUUAGCUCUUGCGGGGAAAUUUCUUCAAAAAGAGGUGUGCAUUCUUUUUGUAUUUAAAAUCAUUCUAUAACAAAAGAUUAUUAAAUUUAGUUUUAAGCUUAUUUAUGAACAACUCAACUAAAUAAAGUAACGCAAGACUUAAACUUAAUUUGCAUUUGUAAACAAAACUUUUCACCGGUUUUAUCGAUAAAUUCGUGUCAAAAACACAAAGCUUUACCUGUUAAAACUUCCAAUCCGAACUUCGUCACCAUCUUCGUGUAUUUUGGAAACAGCUUGCUUGAUUACUUGUGAAAUGUCUUUGUUUGUUUACGGCAGCAAACCGGGAAAGGCAUUUUGCUCGCAACUUACGCGAGUUUGGCGUCGCUCGCUCGGAGGAACUGGAGGUGAAUCAGUGAAUAGUGCAGGAUAUUCACUGAUUGAGUAGCCAAUCAGAGCGCGUGAAAAACACUAUCCACUGUUUUAGUAUAUACUAAAUCUAAUUAGCAAAAAAAACAAAUUGCAAGUGCAGCGCACUUUUUUUUCUAAUUAGCAAAAAAAAAAAAUUUGCACGUGCAGCACGCUUUUUGUCUUUUUUUGCGCUGUUUUGCACAACUACAACGCUGUUUUAUAGGACUAAAAUGCCAAACUUCCUAGUUACACAUUAUAUUUAUGGAGGAAUUGUCGUAUGUGCUUACCCAAUAUUUUGUCUCCUGUGUUCUUCGCUUUUAUUUUUCACUGCCGCUCAUUUUCACCUUGCUGGCCGCUAGCAUUUCUCAUUGUCUCACAGCCGCUUUGAAUUUUCAUGUUUAUCUUCCUACAAAAUUCGUCUCUUUUGUUUUCAAUCACUCGCUCUAGCUCUUUCUCUCAAAUAACGUCGAAAAAGACACGACUUUGUUGUUGUUUUUUCUUUCUAAAAGUCCGGGCGGCCAUGCGAUUUCUUUCCAAAUAAAACCUUGAGUUGCAUUUUGGUUGCUAUACCUGUUGAUUGAAUUAUUUUACAUCGGUAUGCCUGUGGUGCGAACGGACGGUCGGGCGGACGGACGGUCGGUGUACGGUCACGUGAUUACCAAAUUUUCUCGGAUGGGUAGUUUACCGCACGAGAACUGCGCUAUUAAGCUUAGAUUAAUUGUCAUGUUCACAAAUUUGGAGAAGAAAGACAGAGAAAAUGAGAAAGUAGGCGAAACGGGCUAGCGAAGCUCAAAGAGAAUAAGAGCGACAGAGAGCUACAACGAGAGAUGAAAAAUAAAGGUGACGAAUUUCGUUGGAAGAAAAACAUGAAAAUUUUAAAACGGCGUUGAGAAAACGAGAAAUGCUAGCGGUCAGCAAGUUGAAAAAGAGCGGCAGUAAAAAAAAAAAGGCGAAUAGGAACACAAGCAUCAACAUUUUUUAGGAGCACAUACGACAUUUUCUCUGAAAACGUGUUACCAGCAAGUUUCACGUUUCAACAACAGGGAAAAGAAAUUUCCAAACAAGGGAGCUGCAUGUGCAAAGUUUUUUUUUUUUUUUUUUUUUUUUUUUGCUAAUUAGACCUAUCGAUCUUUUUUUGCCCUUCUCGUUGCCGUAGUCGUUUAGCACCACACGAUCUUAUUUUUUGAGUUUAUUAACGAGACCUUCGCUGCUUUUAUCCCUGGCUAAAUCUAUAUAUUAAUUACAUAGAAUGUCAUUUUACAUUGUACUCGCAUCUCAUCAGAUCUGUCUUCUCAUUCGCUAAGAAACUAACUAGACUGUCUGAGCUCCCUAUUAGAGUUUGACUCAAUAGUGAUAUAACAAGGAGAAAUGAGAUGUUGAUCAUUUUUUAGAAGGGUUUACAGAAACAUAAGAGUUAAUGAUAUGUUCUGUUGUUACCCCGACAGCCUUGUAGCUUGGUAAAAUUUUCAGAGCCAAUGAAAUCUGAAGGCAGUCCGGAAAGCGCGGAGAAUGAAAGUGUUUCCAGCAACGGCACAGCUCGCCUUCCUAUGUCGUUACACAACAACGAAGAAAGAUCCGUGUUACGACGCAAGUCCUUCGCUCAAGAGGCCAAAAUGUACUAUUUCCACUUUAAUUCCACGUCACUUGAUCGUUAUUCGAGAGUUGCAUUUCCUGUGCUGUUCUUAAUAUUCAAUGUCGCUUAUUGGCUAACAUACCAUGGACCAAGUGUCAAAAACCAUGGCGUGUGGUAA